AAUGAUCACGAAUUCACGAUCACACCACCUCAUACUUGAACGGUGUCGUCAGUAAACAGAGCGAUCACAAGGCUGUCAGGAGGGUUAUAAGGCAGUUUCGACGUGGCAAGUUUAAGCUAAAUGUGCAUGAAGACUGCUGCAGUUGCUAUUUAAAGUCAUAAAGUUAAAUCUCGAGUUAGAUAUCUAACUAAUGGACCGCAAUUCUCCUCCCCUACCUACCAGAGAGUACAUUCUCUCGCUAUUGAAGGAUGUAGUUAUUGAGAUACAGUCAACUGACAAGCAACUAACUGAUCUGGUCAUUCCUCAAAAUAUCUAUGACCUAUGCAGACGCUUUGUUGAAGAAAAACUUUUUGAAUAUCGUUAUAAAAACCCUGAAGUAUUUGAGAUACUUCAACAAGACUCUAAGGAACUUAUCGCUAGUGAAGCAGAGGUCAAUAAAAUGAAGACUGGACUCAAAUCACUCCUACGAUAUCCACUGAAUCUCCUCGUGGCACCAAAUCGACCUGAACUGAAGAUCAUUAAAGCUAGCACAUCUUUCUUUAUGUUUCAGGUCAAGAGAAAUCUAAAAGAUGCUCGGGCCUUCCUUGGUUUGAUGGGAUACGAUCAAGCAAGAAAUGCCACCGACCUAUCACUUAACAAAUCAUUCUCCAUCGAUCGUGUGUACACCCUUGUACUGGAUAUUGUCAUCCUUCAUGAGGAACUUGAGAUUAUUUCGUUCCUAAUCUCUCAAUCAAUGGAAUAUGACAUCAAGUUUUAUCAUUAUUUCAUAGCCAGGUGCUAUGGUCCUUCAAACAGAUGGGACUGUCUGGACUACAUCAUGAAAGGAGAAGCAGCAAGACAAGCUUCUCAUCUUGAACAACCUCCUCAUCCUUCUAGUGGCUAUUCACUUACAACAACAGGUCGGGGUCAGGGCUAUACGGAACAUAGUACAGGUCAAAGUUAUCACAAUAAUGAUUACAGAGACUACAGAGAUGAAAGAUAUGAUAAUCCUGACUACAGGUACAGGCAUGAUGAUAGAGGACCUUCACAAGGUUAUUAUCGUGAAGAUGAGCAAAGGAGGCACUAUCCUUAUGGAAAUGAAUCAGAUCAAUAUCACCGAAAUCAAUAUGAAGGUUCACAGUACUAUUGCACUGAUUCAGCUGAUUCUGGUUAUCAUGGAGAACAAUAUAACAAUUCCUCUUCUAAUCACUAUGGAAAUGAAUCAAGUCAAUAUCACAGAUAUCAGUAUCAAGGUGAUCAGUAUUCUAGAGGUCAACGUUACUAUGAUGAUGAUCAGACAUGGUAUCAACAAAAAGAUCGAGAGCAGUCAAAAAAGAGAAGAGAAGUUGAGUGUGAUGGAGGUCUAACAAGUCAAAGUUAUAAUGAUACAACUAUAUGUACCAGCCCAAAUGACAGUAUCAUUGGAAUGCCCCCACCAAUGUUUAAUGCUAUGGAAAUGAAGAGGAGAUUUAAACCUUCAUCCUCAACUCCAAACAAAGAGGUGGCAUCUGAUGAUCAACAGCCUCAUUCAUUGAAUCACACCGUUUGCAAAAGUGACAGCUUUGACGAGCAAUGUGGCAUCAACUAUGGUCGCCGUUCCUCCAGCACCCCUAGUUUCAGAUCAGACUCUUCAUAUACUGAUAAGAUGUAUCGUCCGUUUGAUGAACAACUAGCUGUAUUCAGCCCUUCAGAAUCUGUGAGUUUUAGAAUUGCCGAAGAAACAGAAUCCGAAAGAAAUGAAGAUGAAAUAAGCUCAAGCAGUCCUCCACAUGUUAAUCAAGAUGGAGGAUCAAUCAAGCCUCGUAAAAACAAUCCUUCUUUAGCAGGAGCAGGUUCUACUGAUCCUCCACACACAUGGUACGGGACAAAUGCUGACAGAGAAUUAUUGCGACCAAUAUCGAAAGAUGAUUCAGUUCUUGUGAUGGCUGAAGGUCACAGAACAGGAUCAUAUAAUUGCUGGACUUGUACUUUCUGUUCAAAUGAAAAUUUCGGAGGAAAUAUAUGUGACGCGUGUAACCAAGAAAGGGCCAACCUUCAUAGUUACUAGUAAAAUUAAAAAUUAAUUAUCAUUAUAAAUAAUUGUAAUAAAGUUUUGGACUGAUAAAUAUUUAUUUGUUGUAAUUUUUUGAUUUGUUUAUUAAUUUUAAAUAAUAUUACUUCUAAAAAAUUCUCUAGAGAAUUGAGUAAUGC